AUGUCUACACCCGUCCGGACGGGGUCCUUUGAGUCCAACAGGAUGACGCAAACAGGCUCGCACGACCCGGAGAAGGAUGGUUCGCCCACCCUCACCCAUGCCCCGACUGUGUCGGAUACUGCAGAGCACAUGAACGAAAAGGAGAAGCAGCCCGUCAACUUGCGCUUGAAUUUGCAGCGGGACAGCAUGGACCGAGCCUCAGACGGGCGAUCGGGCCAGUAUCUCUCGCCAACUUCAGAAACCCACGACCGCGAACACGCUACUCGUUUGGUUGACGAUCUGACGAUGCUUCAGGUCCAGCGCAUGGUCAGCAACGAGGAAGAGGAGCUUAGGCGAUCCGUAUCCAAGGUUCGCUCUAGGGGAGAGCACCCGAUCCAGGAGGAUGUCUUCAACCAGCCCAACCACGGCGUCACGCUGACUCCACCUCGCACUGAGCCGACAAGCAGGCUCAAUGCUGCCUUCAAAUAUCUCAAGAAGAUGCCUCGCUUCUUGCGGUAUUUCAUGUACAUGUUGCCCAUCACGGCGAUCCUGCUGAUUCCCAUCUUUCUCGGCAUCUUCGUGGACUCGCGCCACUCGACUCCAGUCGGCGGAACCGGCGGGCCCCAGCUCUUGUGGUUUGGUAUCUGGUUGGAAGUUGUGUGGCUAUCCCUCUGGGCCGCCCGCAUUGUCACGGCCAUCCUUCCAUUCAUUGCAGGAAUUGGUGCUAAGAUCGUCGGAUCUGGCAACCCGAAGAAAUGGAAGUCCAUGGGACAUUCGCUUGAACUCCCUACUGCUCUGUUCCUGUGGAUGCUCGCGGUCCUCAUUUCCUUCCUGCCCAUCAUCAACGAGAGCAGUCACAAGGUCUCCGCCGGAGGUGAUGACCCCUUCCCCGACGUUAGCUGGAUCAACACCAUGCACAACGUGAUCAUCGCUCUUUUCAUCUUGGCGGUGCUGAACUUUGUGGAGAAGAUCAUCAUCCAAUGGAUUGCGAACGCAUUCCAUCUGCGUACAUACGCCAUUAGGAUUGAGAUGAACAAGCAGAGCAUUGCGUAUCUUGUGCAUUUGUUUGUCCACUCUAGGGAUAACCUCGUGCCCGAAGAGUCGGUCAAGAACAGCCCCGGAGGUGGAGUGUCGGGCAACAAGACACCCAUGAAGUUAUUGCAGACCAACGCGCGCCAGGCUUUCACUAGGGUUGGAGAUGUGGCUAACCGAGUCGCUGGUGACUUCACGGGACGUGAGGUCCGACUGAGCAACCACCCUCGCAAGGUUGUGUCGGAGCUGCUGCGCAAUACUAGCUCAGCUCAAGUCCUGGCUAGACGUCUUUUCCGCACUUACGCGAAGCCUGGCUCCGAUGUCCUGACUCCCGAAGAUCUCAGCCCAGCAUUUCCUUCGCAGGAAGAUGCUGAGAAUGCGUUUGGCAUCUUCGACCGUGACUUGAACGGCGAUGUUUCCAUGGAAGAACUGGAGGCAUUCUGUGACGAGGUUCAUCGUGAAAAGAAGGCUAUUGCUGCUUCUGUCAAGGAUUUGGACUCUGUGAUUCGGAAGCUUGAUCAUGUCUUCAUGGUAGUGGUACUUAUUAUCACUGUCAUUGUCUUCAUCUCGAUAUUGUCGGCUUCAGCGGCUGCAGCUCUCUCGUCUGCUGGAACUGCUGUUUUGGGUCUUUCAUGGUUGCUCCAGGCUACUGCGCAAGAGUUCCUUCAGUCAAUCAUCUUCGUCUUUGUCAAGCAUCCGUUUGACGUUGGUGAUCGUAUCACAGUAUACGGUAAUACGGGAGCCUUGGGAACCGGCGACGACUACUAUGUCACAGAAAUCUCUCUACUCUACACCGAAUUUAAGAAGAUGGAAGGUCACAUUGUUCAGGCACCGAACUCGGUGUUGAACACUCUGUUCAUCCUCAAUCACCGCCGAUCUGGUCAGCUUGCCGAUGUAUUCGAGCUACGCAUGAAGCACGGAACGCCCAAGGAGCACAUCGAGGAGCUCCAAGCUAGAAUGACUGAGUUUGUUCUCGAAAACCGCCGUGAUUUCGUUGGCAAGAUCAUCACGGAGAUGAAGAAGAUUGAGGAUGCCUACUGCAUCACCGUCAACUUCAUCUGCUUCCACAAAUCUAGUUUCCAGAACGAACUGCUCCGAUUGACCCGUCACAACAAGUUCGGUCUUGAGUUGAUGACUCAGAUGUCCAACAUUGGCAUCGAGCAACCCCGACGCCAGUACCAGAUCUCAGGCCGCGAAUUCCCUGUCUACCAAGCCAACAUUCAGCCGCCCUCAUACGAAUCCACUCAACCUACUGUUGACCAGUCCAAGAUGACAGCAACCCGCCGGGCACGAUCGGAUUCGAGAGUGUCGCAGUCCGACGCGGAUUUCUACCAAGACGUGUUCAUGAGUCGGAAGGCCAACCCCUCAUUCAUCCGACAGCCAGACAUCGCCGAGGAACCGUUCCCGUCCGAUCAGGCCAUGGCGUCGGGUGCACAACUGGAUAGGCAGACAAGUAGAACUUCCGGUAACCAGCGAGCACCAGCCGGUCACCGCCUUUUCGGCCGCUCUAUGACACAUCGUUCUACCACAGGCCGAAGUGAUAGAGAUAUGGUCUAA